UCAUAGAACUUUGAGCGAAGGAGGUCGUAGUUUUGGAUUUGGAGAUCAUUUCUCAUGGCAACCUUAGGAGAAUCAUCCUCAGGGAUGGAAGACGCGCAACCACCGGAGAUUCCACAAUCUAUGCAAUCGCAGCCUCUGACGUCUUCGAUUCCAAGUUCUAAGAUCGCAGCGACUACGGUGGAAAAUGCGGCUUCCUGGAUCGAUGAUACGAUGCGUCAGGCGCUGGUGUACCAGAAAACGAUCGUGGAGACAUUGGAUUCCACCAUUGACGCCUCCAGGUCUCGAUUAUCUCAAAUUCGAGACACUUCCUUGGCUCACACGAGCCAAACCAUUGAUUCUCUUAAAGACAUUGCUUCUGAGUAUAACGUUUACGAGCAUAUGGUGUUUGGGAAGAUUAAAGAGGGUGUAAAUGUUGCUGCAUCUCAUCCGCUAAUAUCAGGCACUCUAGCUUUUGGGGUUGGGAUUUUUGCUCUGAAAAAGACGAGAAGAUUUGUAUAUUACAAUACUAUACGCAUGUUCUUAAGCGAAGAGGCCUUGCUUUCUAGAGCAGAUCUUAGAGUAAAAGAGUUACGACAAUCAAUGGAUCGUCUUACAGCCGAAAGCGAAAAGUUAGAGAGAGUUGCAACUGUGGCAGAAGAUGAGUUGAUUAGAGGAAGGAUGAAACUCAGACAAGCAGGCAAACAGAUACGAGGUGUGGUCAGCUCAGCUUAUAAGAUUGAAAAGCAAGCAGCAGGUUUGAAAGAUGUGCUAAAAGAGUUGCCCACGAGAGAAGCUUCUCGAUUCCGUUCUCAAAUAUCAAGCCGUGCUUCUGAAAUAAAGCAAGAGAGAAACGCGUUGACUAAGGAAGUGAACAAGAUCAGCAACUAUGGUAUCUCCGUCUGAAGAACACCAAACUCCAUUUUCUAGUUAACGGAAUUUGAUUACUCUUGGAGGAAAAUUACACAGACAAUAAUAAAUGUCUAAAACAUGCUUAAAACUCCAUUUCUUUUUUUUUUUUGUUUGGUGUCCAAUACCAAAGAUGUAAUCCCUUUUUGUCUUGUGUGUUUCAAGGGCUUUGGUUCUUCGGCAAUAGUUAGCCAUACAAGUUCGUGAUGAUGUUGUGUUUAAUACAGUUGUUCUGUUUGAAGUU